GAGUUUGCUAUUUUGCAGAGAAGGGCCAAAGGUGGUGAAUUAUUUGAUAAAAUUUGUGACACCUUGAACAUAAUGGAGAAAGAUUAUUUUGGAUUGACGUAUCGUGAUCAAGAAGAUGCAAGGAAUUGGCUAAAUUUUGAUAAAAGGAUUAGCAAGCAAAUCAAAAAUGCCCCAUGGGUUUUCUGUUUUGAAGUCAAAUUUUAUCCUCCUGAUCCUGCUCAAUUACAAGAAGACAUUACUAGGUACCAGCUGUGUUUGCAGAUAAGGAAUGACAUUCUCUGUGGAAAAUUGCCAUGUUCAUUUGUAACCCAUGCUCUGCUAGGAUCCUAUUUAGUACAAUCUGAACUCGGUGAUUAUGAUCCCGAAGAACACGGAAGUAACUAUUUAUCUGAAUUCCGGUUUGCUCCCAAUCAGACACCUGAAUUAGAAGAGAAAGUUGUGGAGCUACAUAAGCAGCACAAGGGUCAAACACCUGCUGAAGCAGAGCUUCAUUAUUUAGAGAACGCAAAAAAAUUGGCCAUGUAUGGUGUCGACUUGCAUCAGGCAAAGGAUUCUGAAGGCAUAGAUAUAAUGCUUGGUGUAUGUGCAUCAGGUUUAUUAGUGUACAGAGAUCGACUGCGAAUCAAUCGAUUUGCCUGGCCUAAAAUUCUCAAAAUAUCCUACAAAAGGAAUAACUUCUAUAUCAAAAUACGACCAGGCGAGUUUGACCGGUUUGAAAGUACCAUUGGCUUUAAAUUGCAUAAUCACAAAGCUGCAAAACGUUUAUGGAAAGUUUGUGUAGAGCAUCACACAUUCUUCAGAUUGAUGGCUCCAGAAGUUCCACCAAAGCCAAAGUUAUUUUUGCCUCGAUUUGGAUCAAAAUUUAGAUAUUCUGGUAGGACACAGUAUCAAACUAGACAAGCUAGUGCCCUAAUUGAUCGUCCUCCUCCUCAUUUUGAAAGAACAUUAAGCAAUAAACGGUUUGCAUCUCGGAGCAUGGAUGGUGCCCCAGGCUACUCUAGAGAGCGUCCCUCACCAACUGAAAGACCAGACGAAAGCAAGCGCCACACUCUUUCAGGUCCUCCGAGUAGAGGUUACCCGAGUGAUGAGAAGGUGAACGAUCAGUCAUCAGUAUCUGCAACGACAACUCCAGAGGAGGUUUCUCGUUCAGAAAAACUGAAAGAAGCUGAAGCUGAAAAGAAGAAAGAAAGCAAGAAACCAGUUGGUGGGGUAGCAGUGAUGUUGCCAAUGGAUUUACCCAAACCUGGCAGUAGAGGAAAAUCCCCUGUUCCUCCAGAAGUUGUAGAAAAAGUUGAAGUAAAAAAUUUAAACCAAGAGCCUUAUAAAAGAGGAGUUGAAGAGUGCAGGGAACAAGUUCCUUCUUCACCAACUGCUCAAAAACAGACAGUCAAUGCUCAGGGACCUGAUUCAGUUGCUCUUAGAGAAAAAGAAUCUGGUAGGGAAGAAGCUCAAAGGCCAACUUCACUUUUCACUGGUAAACCUACCCCGUACACAAAAGAAUAUAUUUAUGAAGUUAAUACCAAUGAACAGAAGACACCAUUUAGUCCAGCUGAGCAUGGCUUUACAUAUGAAGGUCAAAAAACUGGGAAUACUUCUCCACCUCCUGGUGAAACAAUUCAGCUUGAAACAUCUCCAGGAAGUAAGCGAGCUAAAGGUCUUGCUUUUACUUAUGCUCCACCAGAAACAGAGAUUGACAAUUCACAGACUGAAGUAAUAUUACCACCUCAAGUUGUAGAUGAUAAUAGAACUCAGGAUGUAUCAUCAGAAUGGAAUGAUACAACUAUUGAUGAAUCUCUAAAAUGGGAUGAUUCCAAAGAAGAAGAAAUGAUUAAGAAUAAAGAAAAUUUGGAAAUUUCCGAAAAGGCUGAGCAAAAACAGAAAUUACCAAUUGCUAUUUUUAAGAAAGGUGGUAAAGAAAAAGAUAAGAAAAAUAAAAAAGAAGAAGAAAAAAAAUCUAAGGAAAAAAAAGAAAAGGAAGAGAAAGAGAAAAAGAAGGAAAAGGAAGAAAAAGAGAAAAAGUCAAAAAAAGUAACCAAAUCAGGCAAAAUAUCAACUGAAAAUUCACCCAACAAGAGAGAUUCAGCCAUCGAAGCAGAUCUGCAGGUAGAUGAAAUAGUUGUAACAUCUGCAAAUAUAAAAGAAGAUCAAAAGUCAGAUAAAGCAUUAGAUGAGAAUAUUGCAUCUGAUGAGGAAGAAAAAGUAGUGAAAGAUCAGGCAGAGAAAGAAAAUAAAUUGAAAUUUGCUUUUGCAAAAGGCAAAUCUAAAGAUGUAGAUGAUGCAGAUGGGAAGAAAAAAGCAAAAGAUGAUGUAAAGAAACAAAAAGAUGCUGAUAAAAAACUAAAAGAGAAAGAAGCAAAGGAAGAAGAAGCCAGACGAAAGCAGAGAGAAAAAGAAGAAAAAGAGGCAGUUAAGAAAAAAGCUAAGGAGGAAAAGAAACAAAAAGAAAAAGAAGCAAAGGAAAAGAAGGCAAAGGAGAAGUCUGAAAAGAAGAAAUCUGAUAGUAAGUUGAAUAAAAAAGAUAAAGAUGCAACUCCUGAAAAAGAUAAAAUCAAAGAAUCUCCAGAAAAAGUGGUUGUGCAGGAUUCUAAGCCAGUUGAGGCUGUAGAUAGUAAUAAAGAGAAAGAGAAAGACAUCAAAAGUAAAAGCAAGGAGAGCUUGCAGAAAGAACCAAAAUCUAAAAAGUCAAAAAUUUCUCUUUCAAAACUUGUCAAAAAAAGCCCUAAAAAGACUAACAAAAAGAAUUCAGAUUCAUCUUCAGUGUCUAGUAGCUCAUCUGAAGGUAGUAUGAUUGAGUAUGGCACUAAUGUGACCAGUGAUGAUGGUGUUGAUACUGCCCAAGGUUUAGUAACUUCCACACCAAAUCGUUCCUUACGAAACAAUAUUGACUCUUUCCCUCCUGGAAAUGUUAAAGAUGUUUCCUUCAGUUCUGAAACUGCUGUAUUAGAACUAGAUGAAUCUCCAUAUUCAAGCCCGAGUGGCAAGCGUCAUGGGGAUAAAGCAGGCAAGAUGUCUCCUGAUCUACACAUAGAGGUAUCAGAUGGAUGGAAGGGACCAACUUUAGUAACAGAAUCAACAAGUUCAGCCUCUAGCUCGGUAACAACAUCGACGAGUAAGCAGAUAUCAGGUACGGAAGUGACAACAUCUCCAGAUAAAAGUGUAACUUCUACAAAAAGCUCCAAAACUAGUAUGAAUCAAGAGAAAACUAUUACUCAGCAAGUCACAAAGAGCACUAGAGUGAUGGCAGGCACUUUAGAUGAUAUACAGUCUGCCAUAGUGAAGACUGAACCUAUCAAAUAUGACCCUAGCACCAUAAAUAAUGCUCAGCACAGUACGACUUCUAUCCCUCUGGUUGCAACAGAGACCAGGAAAGUCAACCUCCCUGUGCCACCACCACCACAGUUUGAGUCAGAAGGUGAAAUACUUCCCUUAUCUGAAGAUGGUGAAAUACUGAGUUCUUCAACAAUUUCCAGCAAAACAAAGACUGUGGAAACAAUUACUUAUAAAAUGGAGCGUGAUGGUGUAGUAGAAACUCGUGUGGAGCAGAAAAUUACUAUUCAAAGUGAUGGAGACCCCAUAGACCAUGACAGAGCUCUUGCAGAAGCUAUCCAAGAAGCAACCAGAAUGAAUCCUGACAUGACUGUCGAAAAAAUAGAAAUUCAACAGCAAUCAAGUUCGCAAUGAUUUUUAGAUUGUUCUGCACAAUACCAACACAAAGACUAUCGCUUUGCCACAACUUGAAGUAGCAGAGUGUAAUAUGCAUCAGCAUUUCUGAUAAUCAGAGUUGGUUCUAGCUUGUCUACGCAAAAUGGCUUACUGUGAUUGGGGAAUACAUAUAUGUGUUGUUUUCUUUUGUAAAUAGACUUUCUUUGCCUCAAGACUGAAAGGAACAGAUUUUACAAUAUACUUUAUGUCAAGGUUAUGGCUUUUGGUGCAUCAGUUGAAGAGCAAGUGGCAAAACUGCCAAUCCUUUUUCAAAUUUAGAAUUUUGAGUGACUGUACUUUGAUAUUUUUAAAAUUUUGAAUAUAUGUAAGUUUCAAAAGGAUACCUAAGGGAACACUGAAGUUAAAAGUAUUUUUAUAAAUCUGAGGAAAAUUCCUAUCAAAAUUAGAUUACAAACUUUUUUCUUUAAAAAAAAAUAUUGAAUAUUUUUUGAGUAUUUCUGAUAGGUAUUUAAAAAUAAAAGUCUUUGACAGUGUAGAUUUAUUUAUCAAAGUCAAAUAAAGGAUUGGAAGGUUUGUUAUUUCACCAUAUUGUUUUUCAUGAUAAUAUGCAUUCAAUUAAGAAAUACAGAAGUUUCUUAUGCUCUGAAAAUUGUAUAAUUUCAUCUCAGUGUUUUUUAACUUUUGUUUUGCAGUCACUAAAAGUCUUUUAUAUUGUUUAUAAGAGAAUUUUCAUAUAAACACUGUCUUAUUGCAUUUUUGACUUUUCUUUGUAUAACUGAGCUUAUGUUGCAACUUUAAAUUGUGCUUUUCUAAGGUUUUUUUAUAAAAUCUGUAUGAUCUCGGUAAUAAUAUCACCCUAUAGUAAAAGAUAAAUUCAUUUUUUAAAUUUGUGAGUUUUGUUAUUGUGUGUUUGUGCAAAUCAUAUCUGCUGAUAGAGAUUUACGAAGUUCUGAAUUUAUGUUCAUGUUUAUGUUAUAAAAAAUGACAUUUAAAUGUAUGGAUGUGUAUAUGUGUGUGUGUGUGUGUGUAUUUAAUGAAAACAAAUCAUAAGAAAACAUUUUAAAGAUGUCCUGAAAUAUGUGAAAGUUGCUAUAUUUCUAGGUUUAAGAAGGAAGUGCAAACCUAAAAAUGAACAUCUGAUGAGGGCUAUAUGCCCAAGUUUCAUUCCAGUUUUGAUCAUGGGGCCCUGUGGAAGGAAGUCCCAAGUUCUUGUAUUUCUUUUCUCAUGCACUAAGCUAAUGAUAAGCAAAGUAUAUAUUUUUGAAAGGAACAUAUUUCCAAGACAUUUAGACAAAAGCAAGAAAGUAAACCAGUGUAUUAAUUCUUGACUGGUUAUCAAAAAGUAUUCAUAUAAAUAGGUAUUUUCAAAUCUGUUUGCUAAUGGUGAAUUAUUUAAAGUAGAUUUUAUUGAUUUAAUUAUAUUACAUAAUCUGUUUUUUCUUAAUUAAGUAUUAAGUAUUCAUAUUCAAUAUAAAAAAUAGUAGAACUGUUCUGUUAUUAUUCAUUGCUUUAAUCUAUUGGCUUUCUUUUUAAACUCAUUGCAUAACAGUCAUCAAUUUAUAGAAAUAGCAUCAAGAGUAAUGCAGCUUUAAAUUCUUCUACCAUGAAUAAAUUCUGAGCUGUACCUUUCUUUUUUGGAUUCAGCGUUCAAAUUGCCACAUGUAGUAGUACAGCUUCUGCUGCAAAUGACUGCAGUAGUCAUAAAAUUGGACCAAGUUCCAAUGAAACUACAGUAAAUAAUAAAUGUCAUGUUUACUUGUGCUAA